AGUGGCCGACAGUCGAAGCUAGGUUUUGCCGCGUAGGUACAUCACGCGCGCGCCUCGAACCCUGCCCCUUUUUUUUCUUCGGAAAAUACGUUCCGAAAGCGGAAAAAAGGGGGAGAAAUACCCGCAGGAAUUGAAGGGUACGCGAAACCUAAAAUUAAAGCAAAGUUAAAAAAAAAAAAAAAGAGCGGGGUCACCGGAGUUCUAGAGGCAUCCACGCGCGGAUGGGUUGCGUGUAAAGGGGCGACCUGUGACAUCUGGAGGGCGGGGGCAAGACCACGGCGACAAUCGUCCCGACGGGGUCACACCGCAGAAGGGGUGGAUAUUCUUCUCGGAUGUCGCCCCGAUGGUGAGAUGUGCGCCGCGCGGGGUUCGAACCCGGACGGAACGGCGUGAAUCCGACGUCGCGUCGGCCGGCGAGGUACUGCGCGAGCGGAGGAAAAAAAAAGAAGGGCGGAAACCGUCUGUCGCGACAUGAGGAAACGAAGGGAGGCGAUCCAGACGGGCCACCGCGCACAGGGCGGGAGACGGGACAGCCUGCGAGCGUCGAAGGGAGAGCCCUACCUGCCCGCCAUCUAGUGACGCCUCGCGCAGCCAGUAGACUAGGACGGGCCCGACCAUGAACCUCAUCAACAUGGACGCGGAGAACCGCGUGGUGCUGAACGUGGGCGGCAUCCGGCACGAGACGUACAAGGCGACGCUGAAGAAGAUCCCGGCGACGCGGCUGUCGCGGCUGACGGAGGCGCUCGCCAACUACGACCCGAUCCUCAACGAGUACUUCUUCGACCGCCACCCGGGCGUGUUCGCCCAGGUGCUCAACUACUACCGCACCGGCAAGCUGCACUACCCGACCGACGUGUGCGGGCCCCUGUUCGAGGAGGAGCUGGAGUUCUGGGGGCUGGACGCCAACCAGGUGGAGCCGUGCUGCUGGAUGACCUACACCCAGCACCGCGACACGCAGGAGACGCUCACCGUGCUGGACCGCCUGGACCUGGACACGGAGAAGCCCAGCGACGAGGAGCUGGCGCGCAAGUUCGGCUUCGAGGAGGACUACUUCUCCGGCACGCUGUCCUGGUGGCAGCACACCAAGCCGCGCAUGUGGUCGCUCUUCGACGAGCCCUACUCCUCCAACGCCGCCAAGAUCAUCGGCGUGAUCUCCGUGUUCUUCAUCUGCGUGUCCAUCCUGUCGUUCUGCCUGAAGACGCACCCGGACAUGCGCGUGCCCAUGAUCCGCAACGUGACGGUCGACACGCCGCGCGACUCGUCCGCGUGGACGCUCGACAAGACGCAGACUAACGCGCACGACGCCUUCUUCUACAUCGAGUGCGUGUGCAACGCGUGGUUCACGCUCGAGUUCUUCAUCCGGUUCGUGGCGUCGCCCAACAAGUGGGAGUUCGUGCGCGCCUCCGUCAACAUCAUCGACUACGUGGCCACGCUCAGCUUCUACAUCGACCUGGUGCUGCAGAAGUUCGCCUCGCACCUGGAGAACGCCGACAUCCUCGAGUUCUUCAGCAUCAUCCGCAUCAUGCGGCUGUUCAAGCUGACGCGACACUCGUCGGGGCUCAAGAUCCUCAUCCAGACGUUCCGCGCGUCAGCCAAGGAGCUCACCCUCCUGGUGUUCUUCCUCGUCCUGGGGAUCGUGAUCUUCGCGAGCCUCGUGUACUACGCGGAGCGCAUCCAGGCGAACCCGCACAACGACUUCAACAGCAUCCCGCUGGGGCUGUGGUGGGCGCUGGUCACCAUGACGACGGUCGGCUACGGCGACAUGGUGCCCAAGACGUACGUGGGCAUGUUCGUGGGGGCGCUGUGCGCGCUGGCGGGGGUGCUGACCAUCGCGCUGCCGGUGCCCGUCAUCGUGUCCAACUUCGCGAUGUACUACUCGCACACGCAGGCGCGCGCCAAGCUGCCGAAGAAGCGGCGGCGGGUGCUGCCCGUGGAGCAGCCCCGGGGGCCGCGACUGCCGGGGGCGCCGCCUCCGGGGGCCGGGGGGCAGCCGCCGCCGUGCGGGCCGGGCGCCGUGGUGCCGCAGAACCGCCGCAUGAACGCCAUCAAGACCAACCACCCCAAGGACGCGGUGGGCCCGAAAAUGGUUGGAAUGACGGUGGGCAUGACGAUGACCAUGAACAAGAACGGCGUGGGCUUCGACACGAACAGCACGCCGAGAGCGGUGAGACCGACCAAUCAGCAGGCGCCAUCCGGAGCGGACAGCGGGCCCGACGCGGGCGGCAGCAAGUCGGCCGGCAAGAUGGCGCCGCAGUGAAUCAUCAUCACCCCCCUCUCCUACUCCCGCGGGUGCGCGCGCCGCACGGGACACGCGCAUGCGCACUUCGCUCACCCGGCCCGCGGGCCACAGGUUCCCUCCCCUCUGGAGCGGUUCACGGACGCGGAUCCGUCACGGACGCGGAUCCGUCACGGACGCGCGGACUUCGUCCGGACAAAUUCCGCCACGCGUAAGGAUGCGUGCGUUCUGUUUCUCUUUCCCCUGUUGAAAACCGCUUGCCGAAUUCGUGUGUGCAAGAUUUUUUUUUUUUUUUUUUUUUUUUUUUCCAAAACGGCACGAACGUACUUUCAACAUGUGUACGGCUUUGUUUCCAGCAUGAUUUUUUAGCUGUGUGCGCAAAAAGUGAUUCGUUUAAAUUUUUUAUCAUAUAAAUUUUAAGAAAUGUUAUUAGAGUUGUAUAUAUAUAUUUAAGAAAAAAGACUACACUAUAUUAAUUACAGACUUUUUGAAGUGUACAUAGACUUUCUGCUAUAAAAUUGUCCAUGGCAAAAUAAUUUUUAAUUCGAUGUGGGGAAAACAAUACUUCUGAGAAUGGACGCUAUUCUGUGUAUUACCUAUGUUCUAAAAGUAUCGUUAAGUAUUACUCGCACGUUUAAAUAUACUCAGUCUCAAGUGGUAUGUACGAUACGACGUUUAACGGAUCAAAGCAGCACCCGACCACUUACACGCAUAACAUCACUUUGCACUCUUGUAAUAUUGCCACAGCGUCCCACAGUGCAAACUAACAACCUAUAAUGAUUGUCGUAGGAAAUCUAUUAUUCAUCAAAUAUACCUAAGCCUUAUUUUUAUUGAUGGGUUAAAACUAUCAGAGACUUUAAUAAAAUUUGCAACAUUUUCUCAGUUUGUUGGCUAGAGAAACCUAUAUGGAAGAAAUAAACAAUUUAUUUUUGUAGACAGCCCAGAAUUGAUAAGUUCACUUCUUGAUAAGAUACCUAAUAAACCGUUUAUUAAACGGCAUCGAGGAUUAAUUACUAAUGAAUAGAGACUUGAAAUAUUCGCGGAUUCAUUUCGCGACAAUCUAGAACCAAAACUUCACGGUGGAAAUUUUGAAUGAAGAUACCAUUAUCCAACCUACAACAAUGCAUCUGUGACCUCCAAAAGCCGUAGGCGUUUUGCAAGAUUAAUAAAAGUAUUUCUGAGUUCUAAAGCCGAUUUAUAUUUGUUUCGAUACGUAAUACAAUGUGUUUGUGAACUCUCGGGGCAUAUUUUACAAACCGAUUCGACUCAUUUUCCUUUAAAUCUCUGAUUUUUACUAAAACAGCGUGGAAAAAAAUAUGACAGAUGGUUGAAAUUGUUCCAGUUCUUUUUUUUUUUUUUUGCAAAUAGCAAUAUAUCAGCAUUAUUUUUUUUCUUUAAUGCAUUUUAUGUGUCAAACAACCAGGCUCUUUUUUUUCCUUCAGAAUUUUUUUUGCAUGAUAUAAGCAUCUGUUGAUACCUUCAAGCACACUGAAAUAUUGCCACGUAAGGAGACAUACACUGAUGCAGUUGAAACUGAAUCUGGCCCACAAACUAAUAAAAAGUAGCUUUAAUCAUAGUAAAACUAGUAAUCUGGAUAAAGCAAGCCUAGCAUAUUACAUAUACAAGAGGGAAUUAUUUCAUAAAGAAAAAUAAACAAUUGCGGGUAGUAAGUUAGCAAGACAAUAAAGAUAGUUCUUUCGUUCCUGAAAUUACUCUUGCAAAUGGGUAAAAUUUAUUUAAAACAAUUUCAUGGACAUUUGCCAUUGCUGUAUACCUCUGUAUGUCGAAGGAAAACCUCAAGAAUGGACAACAGAGACGAAUGCAUAAAUAAACACAAGGAGAACAAGUCAAAAUCAUAUGAUGUCAAAUACCUAGUCAGCACAAAGAAUUCCACGUGUAAGGUAAUUAGUCGUAAUUCUUUUUUCCCUAAAUUCUUUCCACGAAAUUUUCUGUGCUGUCUAACAUCUAACAUAUGACGUCGGCUGAUUUUUGAAUUUUUCUCCAUGUGUUUGUGUAUUCGUCUCUGUUGUCCAUUCUUGAGGUUUUCCGAUGACAUCCAGUGUAAUACUGCAAUGGCUUAUCUUCAUGUAUUUGUUUAAAUUCAAAGAAUUUUUUCCAGCUUUUGAUUUGUUAAAGUCUUAGAAUUGUUCCUCGUUCUCUUAAAAAUAUUUUAAUAUUUUAAUUUUUAAAUAUAUAAACUUUUAGAUUUGUGAUUUGUAUUUUGAUUUGUACCACUUGCUUAACAUAAGAAAUGGCCUACACAUUGUUGGAACAACAAUAACCAGGGUUUUACAAUAUGUAUCUAUUAAAUUCGCAAGAAUUUAUCAUUGUCAGAAAUUAUACUUUUUCGUUUUUAAAAACAAUUUCAAUCUUACCUAUGCCGGUGUAUGUUUUGAUAUCGAAUGUAUAUUUACGCUACUCAUUAAAAUUGAGUGUUGAACUUAGUAUAAUGAAAUUACGUUAAAAGAUCAAAGAAAAUCUAAAUAAUAUAUGAAUGUAAAACGAUGUAUUAAAAUUAAAUGUAACAAAUUCACGUUCAUGUGCAAGACGUUCUUAGGGUUAAGAUUAAAUUUAUCAAAUAUUUACAUAACUUGCACGCAUUGCAACAAAGUAAAGGACUAACGACGAAUUUUAUUAAAGUCUUUGGUAAUAUUAAACUUAUUCUGAAAAUACUUGCCUUGUCUACUUUGAAAGUUUUUGGCGUAUUGAGUGUAUUUCUCAAGUGAAUUGUUAACACCAUUAAACCACACACUAUACAAAACAGGACUGUAUUUGUAACGGGUAGAGAUGCAGUUUUUCCAUAUAUUAGAUAGGAACACUUGCAUUUAAAAUGUAUUGGACGGAAUACUUAUAAGACCCUUAAUUUAUUGUACUAUUAACUAAAUACGUUUGAAUAUGCCAACACUGCUUGUACAGAUAUAACUUAAAUUUUACUCUCGAUCUAAUUGGAGUGUAGUUAUUGUGGAACAUCCACACAAUACUAUUUUUGCGAUGAACAUUCUGGAGAAGUACUGUGCUUGAGGUGUGAGUGUAAACUGUUAUUUAAAAUAAUAUAAAAAUAAAUAUAAGGCGGCCUUGUAUUUAUCCGGAAAUUUACUUUAAAGAAGUGUUGUUAACCAAAAAUGGUACGGGACCAAAAGUUACAUUUAUCAGAAAUCUUAAAAAUAAAAAUAAAAGAUCUUACUAAACAUGUUUCAGUAUUUUAUAUUUUAGUUUGCAUUAAGUUUAUUGAAAAUGUAUACUGCAUUUUAAAAAAUGUAACUACAAAACCAUUAUAUGCAUAUUUAAUAUUGUAUGCUAAGUGAGUUUAUAGAAAAAAAACAAUUGAAUUGUAAUGUACCGUCGAAAAUGUUUAAGUACUCCAUACAAUCAGAAAGGAAAAAAAAAGUAAAGGCGUCCAUUCACUAAGAAACUUUCUGCGCACCUGGUAGCAGAAAUGUUUGCAAACAUUUUACAUACUCGUAAAUUUAUUUAAAAAAUGAAUUUCUGUUCAAUGUAUUUUAUCGUACUGAAAAAUGGUAUACUUUUGAGGUCACAGUCAAAUUGACAAUUUUUAUACUCAUGUUAUUUUUUUACUUUUAAAGUUACGAGUGACUUUCGUUAAUUUUUGUUAAUUUAACGCUUUAUACAGCAGAUGUGUACAUGAAAACACAAGCCAAAUAUAUAUAUAUAUAUACAUGUAUCAAUACUUCAUAAAAAUAUUUUCUAUUGUAUUGCUACGCAAUACAAAAACAAACAAAAGUGAUUUAAUUCUAAAAAUUACUUUUAACCAUUGAAAUUCCUAGCUUCCAGUUAACAUCGAUGCGAGGCACAAAGUUACUCUUGUACCAUUCCUACAUUUAACCGUUUUAAUUUUUAGUUAGUUUACACUCUAAAAUUGACCCACUAAUUUAAAUGGAUUGAGUUGUAAUCACUGUAAUGAUGCUUUUUUAAGAUGUUUUUGACUAGCGAAUAAUUGGGAUGCUCUUGAAACAGCCCUUCAAAGCAGAAGAAUAAUACGGUGAUAACCAGUUCAAAUAAUGUUAAGUCAGUGUAAUUGAUUCACUUCAGCAAUGAGUAACAUUUAAAAUAUCGCUUUAAGAGUUUUUUUCUUCAUAUUUUUUCACUGUCAAAUUUCACUAAGUUGGUGAUUUAUUAUUAUUAUUAUUUCAAUCUUAAAUUGGUAAUUAACAAUGGUUGAAAAUUCAAUUUCCUUUUUUUCCCCUAGGUAAUGUGGUCUUAGCUUUGUUUACUGCAUUUUACAAGUCAGGUCUUAAUAUGUUUCAUACCAAAGGCAACAUAAAUAUGAAAUUGUUAUUUUCAAAAGACUUAAUUUUGAAAAAUUAAACUUUUGCUAUAGGUAACUCGUAACAAGCUGAAACAAUUAAUGGGGAACGAUUAGAAUUUUAGCGUUUGGACAAUCACCUACAUUUAUCACUCCCUGUGUUUCAAUAACACAUUUUAUCACAGAUUUCACUGACCACAAAUACUCAAAUCUACUAAACAGCCAGUCAUCAAAUAUGCUAAAGGAAUAUCUUGAAAUCCUUUUUUCCUAAUUAGAUGACUCUAAAUAUUAUUUUCUUUAGGGCCCAGUACCUGAAUAGUUAUCACGAAUAAAUAGUAUUCGCGGAGCUUUUUUUUAAUUUGUAGUAAAUAAAUCACGUACUUUUAUGAAAUAAGAAGAAUCAUAUAUGAAUUAAGAAGGUCAAAUAUGGUUUAGAAAUCUGCCAAACUUAGGAUAAAAUAAGACAGAUACUUAAUUCCAUUGAAAUAACGCAACAAUUUUGCAGUUUCCUUAAUUUCGCACCUUCUUUGUUCUGGUUUGUUAACUGUUUACUUCACUUUGUUGUUAAAUAUGAUCAUCCAUUACAAAGAUUAACAUGGACGUUUCGCUGCAAUUAUAAGUAGAGUGAAUAUAAGUAUAUACUGAGUUAGUUUAGAGUCUAGAGCUUCGUGUCACCAAUAGGUACCCCUUUGUGUAGGGAAAACAUUUUUUUUUCCUUCCUAAACGAACAAUGGUGAAAUCCGAGCCUAAAUAUCAGCAGUUUAAGUGUUUUCCAGGUUUGCGAAACUUUUUUUUUUUUUUUCGAUUUUCUUGGCGUGAAAUUGAAAUAAUGGGUUCGAAAGCAUUUUAACACACAGGUUCGAGUGUGUUGCUAAUAUGGUUAGGAAUUUCGUGGAGAAAAGAGUCUGUUUCUUCCCGAUUUCUUGCUCGGUGCAUAUCCUUGAUUCCAGUUGGUCGAGCGAACGUGACUCGUGUUUUGCAGGCACCGGGAGAUGCUGGCCACAAAGUAUUCGCUGCCUGCCCGCGCUUUGUCUCAUGUGUACAUCCACUCCGUGGUGUCUGCCUCGGCCUCUGGAGUCGACGCGACUGCUACAGCAGGGGGCCCAACUGAACAGGCGGAAUAUACGGCCCUCUAAAAAAAUCUGUGGUUUAAGCAAUGCCAACAUCAAAUAUUUAAUUUUUCAAUACCGAGGAAAACAUAGAUUUUCUUGAACAUAUUAGCAUCAUUCAAAAAGUAUAUUUAAAAAUUCUUAGUCCAGAAUUUACGGAAUGGUGUAUAAAUGGAGUGGCGUAUUGAUUAUAAUGGAAAAAAUAUUAUACCUACUAUGGAAUAAUUUUUGCCAAAGGUAAAUUGUUUUGGUAGCAGUGAAAUAGGCAUGGCCGCAAAACAAAAUCUUGUGUGUGCUUUCAUUUGCUUGUGCUCGUGUAAAUUUUUGCAAUAGAAUCUGCGGCUAUGCAGUUUCUUAUAUUUGAAACAAAAGAUAAAGCAUUUUAACAGACUGUUUCGGUAGUUCGGUAUUGAAAAAUAAAACAAUAUUAAACCCGAUACGGUUACUAUUCCCAUCAACGAAUGGCAAAAAAAAAAUCAAGGUUGCCAACAUUUACUUUUGAAAAGUUAACGACUUUCAGGUUGUUAGGUUACCUCUAAAUCCUCUAAGUCCUCGCAUUUCCAAAAAAAAAUAACAGCUUUAGUUACAGAAUUGAUUUGCCCCUCUUUAUCUUCUUUUGCUUUAUGUGCUGCAGUUUCGCCCACGAUCAGAGGCAGCCUGGGGGGGGGGGGAGGGGGAAAGCCUUCCCUGUGAGGUUGACAGACAACAGAUCGAACCUAAAGACCAGACAGGCGGGCCAAGCUAUUGUAGUCUCGGCGAUGUUCAACAAUCCAGAUAACUGGCCGUAGUGGACCAGCAAUGACGUACACGCGAAGAGGGGAUUUAAAAAAAUAUAUAUAUAAGAAAUGAAAUUAAGAGUGGGUCUAUUAAAAUAACUGACAUCAACAAUGGGGUUUUUAUUGAUACAUUAUCAUUAUUAUCAUGCGUCACUUCGUGUGUAGUUUUGUAGUUGCAGUUUGUUGUAGCAGCCCGCUUUGCAACGCCCGAAAUAACAUAUCGCCUUCAAUAAAUACUCGUAAAUUUUUUUUUAUUAAUUUGUUGGGGUGAAGGGGAAAGAUAUUAAGUCUCCUUAACGUAUCCCCUUCCCCUAAAACUCCUUCUUAUGGCUGUCGCUGGGACCAACUUUGCAUUCCGAUGAAGUUCGUGACCUUUCUUGUUUCAGCUUGUUUUUUUCUUCAAAUAAACCGCAUAAUUAUCGUGUAACAGAUUUUGAAAAUAUAACCAAAAUAAUAGUCACCAAAACUACAUACAGUUGCUAACAGUUGUUACAAAAGUACUCACUUUAUUUUUAAAAAAAUAUAGACUGGUACUGUUCACAACACUUUCAAGUUAAUCAUCUACCAAACCUCUUAUAAAAAACUCAGUGUUCUUUUUCUCCUUUAAUUGUUGCUACAGCUCUUAUGAAAGAAGCUGAGGUGUUGAAUGUACUUACUCAUUUCAAUCUAUUUCUCUAUUUUUGUGUCCGGCCUUCUACAAAAUGUUUCAUAAGUUGUUUUACAAAUUAAUCUAUCUAAUCUAAUGCCAUGCACGUACAAAGUGUAUUAUUUAUUUUGGACUGCCAGUAUUUUAAGAUACUAUUCUCAUACGAUGUGUAGGCCUGCUGUGCCAUUCAUUAUAAGUGACGUUGUAGAAGUAAGCUAUGUAAACCACACAUAUUCCUCAGUACAAUGUUUAAAAAAAACGAAAAGAUGUAACAGUUUCGAAAAUACCAUAUCAAAUGUAACUGUCAUUCACAGCUGUAAACAACCGUGGCAGAAUGAGAAAUGUGACAUCGCAUCCAGCCGCAAAAGUAAAUAAAUAAAUAAUAAAUAUCAUGAUGUGACCACAUGAUGUGUACUCGACUAAAAUUCUUGUACUGUGCAAUUAUUUUUAACAGUUUAUUUGUGAGGCAUGUUGUCACGUGGAAUGAAUGAUUGUAACUAAUGAGUAGUCUCCUGAUUGUUAAUGAACGGGGCUUCCUUGCAGAUCUACUAUGUCGUCCUCCCCCCCCCCCCCCCCAACAUCAAGCAGAGCACAAGAUUCAAAGAAGUUGCGACUCACUCUUUUUCCACCCUCCUCCCUCGUCGUAUUGCAGUCAGGAGCUCAGCAUUCACAAACCAUACAUCAACAUUUGCUGUCGGUUGGCGAGGUACACGUAGAUACCGGGAAAAUUCGCGGAUUCGUUUCGCGCUAUGCUACAAUUCAAACACGCGUGCUUUCAUAUCGCUCCUGUCAUUGGCUCACAGUUUAUCUGAAGGACUUCGCGCCAGUAAAAAAAAAUACCUUCAAAGAAGAAUCGAAUCGGAAGCAUCCCAGCUGACAGGUUUCACAAGUCCCCAGCAGCCAAUGAGCAUUUGGCAUUCGUCCCGAGUAUGUUGGGAAUCUUGGGAGUCUUGUCUUAGCGGUCAUUGAACCCGCGAAUUUUUUUCCCGGUCCCUAGGUAGAGGACUUUUAAGAUCGCGGCAGCCUGGUUCCAAUGCUCACGAGCCGAUCCAUUUAUCAGCAAUCAGGAUGUUGCAUAAAAAUUCUACGUUUUUUAAACUUGUUGCAUUUUUUAAACAAAAUAAAUUAGUAGACAUUUGUAUGAUGUAAUGUGGCAGGCGCCAAAAAGAGAUGACUACUUACUUUGUUAAAUGUGGUGUGUAAACACAUCGCAGAAUACAUUUCAAUGUUCUAAAAAAUUUCAUAGUGAAGUAAAUAUACUUCAACGCAUAUCUAAGUAAACGCAAAGAUUUCCUUUGAUAUACUGAAAUUUUUUUAGAAAAAAAAAUGCUGUCAAACAUAUGGCCGAUCAGGAAGUAUUUAGUUUUUCCUUAUAUAUUCCGUAAAAAUCUUUUAAAAUUAAAUACUUUUAUGUAUCUCUAUUUGGCGACUGUAUAUUUAAAUUGCUAAAAGUGUCGAUUUUCCAUAUGAUCUCCAAUAUUCUGCAUUAAUUAUUUCCCUAUCAUAAUCAGUUAAAAAAAAUUAUGUUCAUCGUGAUCAACUGUAGUUUCUCAGACCGACGAUAAUACUCUCAUGUUUCAUUUUUUCAUUCAUUUGAAAAAUAAUUCUGUAUUUUGUGAAAGAAACUGUUAUAAAAUUAAGAUAUGGGAAACAACAUUUGAUUUUCUAAUUGCCUGAGAUGGUUACUGUUAACAGGCACUAUACUUUGAUAUGAUACAUUGUGAUGUGGACACAAGCCACGCAUUACAAAAAAUAAAUAAAUACAUAAAUACAGAACUAUACCUUUGUAAUUAAAUCCAUCUUUGAUGCAAAAGUAUUU